AAAACUGUUGUUGGUGAGACAACAUCAAUUUUUUAUAGAAAAUCGGAUUAAAUUGUUAAAUAAAUAACGUUUGAGAAAGUGUGGAAAAUGUGGUUUUUUAGCGGUUUUGUUCUAUUUUUGUGUAUUUUAUUAUGGGACUAUUUAUGCAAAAGAAGGCGUUAUCGGAUUUUGAGAGAUUCUCGUAUACCGGGACCCUCUUAUACUUUGCCAUUAAUCGGAGAUGUAAUCGAGACCAUUGGAAAUGAUACUUUAAAUGUCUUUGCUCUCUUCAAACGUCUGGGUGACCAAUUCGGUAAAGUAUUUCGUCUAUGGUUAUUUCAUCGCGUUUUAAUUGUAGUCAAAGAUCCCAAAUAUUUCGAAGUACUUCUAAGCAGCCAACACCUCAUUAAGAAACCUUUCAUUUACGAUAUGCUCUCCUGUUGGUUGGGCGAUGGUUUACUCUUAAGCUAUGGCCCCAAAUGGCAUGCUCGACGUAAAAUUCUAACACCAACAUAUCAUUUUAAGAUUUUAGAAGAAUUCGUUGAAGUUUUCGAUCGUCAGAGUAAAGUGUUAGUUAAGAAACUUCAGGCGAAAGCAGAUGGUAAAACAACAUUUGAUAUAUUUCCGGUGAUAUGUUUAACGGCAUUGGAUAUAAUUGCGGAAACUGCAAUGGGGGUAAAAAUUAAUGCUCAAGAUAAUCCAGAUUUUCCAUAUGCAAGGGCGGUAAAAGACGCCACAAAUUUACUUGCAACGCGUGCCGUGAGACCUCCACUUUAUUAUGACAUAACCUAUUUAUUGACAGAAUUCCCCUCAUAUCUACGGCUAAGGAAAAGUAUAAAAAUAAUGCACGAUUUUACCAAUAAAGUCAUAAAUGAACGUAGAGCUGCAAUGAUCUCCGAAAAACAAACUAAAGAAGUACCAAUUAUCGAUUUGGCUGAGGGUCAAAAGAAACGUUUAGCCUUCCUCGAUGUCUUACUACAAGCCACAAUAGAUGGCAAACCUCUGUCACAGGAGGAUAUACGUGAAGAAGUUGAUACAUUCAUGUUUGAGGGUCAUGACACCACUACCAGUGGCAUAUCAUUUUGUUUAUAUAUACUAUCACGUCACACCUCAAUACAGCAGAAAGUAUUUAAGGAAAUUUUAGAGGUUUUGGGUCCAGAUAAAGAUAAACCUAUAACCAUGAGAGAUUUACAAAAUCUUAAAUAUUUAGAAGCUGUAAUUAAGGAAUGUUUGCGUUUGUAUCCCUCAGUUCCCAUGAUAGGACGCCAGGCUGUGCAGGACAUACAAAUAGGUGAUCAAAUCAUUCCCGCCAAUACUACCAUUACUAUGCUUGUUUAUGCUGCCGGUCGUGAUCCCGAUUACUUUAACCAACCCAAUGAUUUUAAUCCCGAGCGAUUUUAUAGUGAAUCACCCGAUAAUAUUAAUUCUUUUGCCUAUGUUCCUUUCUCGGCUGGGCCGCGUAAUUGUAUUGGCCAAAAAUUUGCCAUGCUCGAAAUGAAGAGUACCAUAAGUCGUGUAUUGCGUCAUUUUGAAAUUUUUCCUUCGGGCGAGGAUGUUGUACUAGUAUUAAGUUUAAUUUUACGUUCUUUAAAUGGUGCAAUUAGGUUAAGGCCACAUCUUAUCCAAUUCUUUAAAAGUUGUCAACUUAAAUAUGGCAAAAUCUAUCGUUUAUGGUCCCUGAAUAAAUGUAUUUUGAUAGUACAAGAUGUCGACUAUGUCCAGCAUAUUCUAAAUAGUCCACGUCUUAUUAAUAAACCUUUUUUCUACGAUCAAUUAUCAUUAUGGCUGGGUGAUGGUAUACUUUUGAGUUCGGGUACAAAAUGGCAGAAACGUCGUAAGAUUAUUAUGUCCACCUUCAACUAUAAGUUACUGGAACAAUUUGUGAAAAUAUUUGAUCAACAGGCCCAUGAUAUGGUCCAUCAGCUACGUGAUAAAGCCAAUGGUGAACAAGUUAUUGACAUAGUACCCGUGGUAUGUUUAACAACUUUAAAUAUUUUACUUCAAACUACAAUGGGUGUAGAAAUGAGUGCCCACAGUCCAGAUGGUUUAGCCUAUAUGGAGGCUUUAGAGAGUCUUUUUCAUAUCGUUGGAUCACGUUUUCUAAGACCUUUGGAACAUUUCGAUUUCACCUUUAAGCUAUUAUCCUAUAAAACUUAUAGUAAACUUCUGAAAAAUGUUCAGAUAUUACACAGAUUUACCGAAAGACUUAUCAACGAGAGAAGAGCCGAGUUGACGAAAACGAUUAAAGAUCUUGAUAAUAAUGCAAAUGAGUAUGAGGAGAUGGACAUCAAGAAGAACCGGGCAUUUUUAGAUGUACUACUGCAAUCGACCAUCGAUGGCAAACCUUUAACAAACAGAGAUAUUCACGAAGAAGUUGAUAAUUUUACAUUUGGAGGACAUGAUACCACUACCUGUGCUAUAUCCUUUAUUCUAUAUUUACUUUCACGUCAUCCUGAGGUGCAACAAAAAGUAUACGACGAAAUAUUAAGAAUAAUAGGACCCGACAAAAAUAAAUCUGUGGGCAUGAGUGAACUGCAAGAGCUUAAAUAUUUGGAAUGUGUUAUAAAGGAGGCAUUACGUUUAUAUCCUCCAGGACCAAUUAUUGGACGAACAACGGAGGAAGAUUUUAAAAUUGGAAAUAACAUCAUACCUCGGGGUACUGAUAUUAUGAUAUUGAUUUAUGUUAUGUGCCGGGAUUCUGACUAUUUUCCCCGGCCUAAUGAUUUUUUACCAGAACGUUUUUCAGACGAAAAUAAUGAGAAAAUGCAUACUUCUGCCUUUUUGCCAUUUAGUGCGGGGCCUCGUAAUUGUAUUGGACAAAAGUUUGCAAUGUUGGAAAUUAAAUCCAUAGUUAGUUGUCUACUGCGUCAUUAUGAGUUUUUGCCUUUGGGUCCCGAUGUUGUUGCAAUGGUAUCAGUGGUUAUGCGUUCGUCGAAUGGUAUAAAUAUGGGUUUGAAAUUAAGAGAAUAA